AUGGCACUCGGGAUGGUGGGGGCUGAAGUGUUCCCUAUUGGUCGUAUCAAUGGUGGUUUCAUUCUUCGUUCCUCCAGGAGUUUAUUUUCUCUUCUUGCAGGAGAAGUUGCUCGCAUCGGUGCAAGGGUUUUUCUCCUUCUGCAACUUGUAAGCGUGAUCGAGUUUAUCAGAUGGUGGAAUAAAUACUGGGCACCUGAUGAGCAAAGCAAAAAAAGCAUCUGCUCCAUUGCAUUAUUUACCUCGACGGUUUUUUACGUCGCUUCCAUCUACGGAAUUGUGUCUAUGUACUAUUUUUAUGCCCCUAAAGGAUCAUGUUCUCUCAACAUAUUCUUCAUUACAUGGACUUUUAUUCUGGUCAUAGUGAUGAUGGCUAUGUCCUUGCAUUCAAAGGUUAAUCGAGGUCUUUUAUCUUCAGGAAUUAUGGCCGCUUAUGUUGUUUUCCUCUGUUGGUCUGCUGUUAGAAGGUUAGGAAUUUCUUACUGGGUGCAUUGA